CUCUCCUUAGUCUGCUUCGAAGACUCUGCAGACUCUCGCACUUCUGGCUCCGCUAGCCUAGUUUUUCCCGCCUUUUCGGGCCUCGGGGUGGUUGCCAGUGCCCGUUGAGGGAAAAGGGCGUCCCCCAUCGCCUCACAAGCCAGAUCCUUCAGGAUGGAUUGGUUUCACUGUAAUCAAUGCUUCCGAAAAGAUGGCACCCAUUUCUUUGUAACCAGCUGUGGCCAUAUUUUCUGUAAAAAAUGUGUGACUAAAGAAAAAUGUGCUGUAUGUGGAGCUGCCUGCAAGCAUCUGGCUCUCUCUGAUAAUCUAAAACCUCAGGAGAAGAUGUUUUUUAAGAGCCCUGUGGAGACAGCUAUGAAGUAUUUUAGUCACAUCUCUCAGCAGGUUUGGAGUUUCCAGAAAAAACAGACAGAUCUGCUUAUCACUUUUUAUAAACAGAGACUUUCUAAGUCAGAAGCCGCCAUGCAGGAGGCCCAACGGACAGUGGCCAGUCAGGACAAGGAGCUAGUAGUCCUAAGGAAGGAAAAUGGGGAGCUGAAGAAAUUCCUGGCCAUCCUGAAGGAGUCUCCUAGCCGAUGCCAAGGAAGCAGGUCUACCACACCCCGGCCAGUAGGCAUCACUUCCCCAUCACAAUCAGUUGCUUUUCUUUCAGUUACUCCACGACCCAGUUCCCAGAACAGCAACCAGGUGGUCAGUCGAUCUUCUUCCUUGGAAUCCAUUCCAUACAGAGUACCUGGCUUUGGUAGCUUUGGUCAGCAGGGGAACAGAGGCCUGCAGGGAAGAAAUACUCCCAGGGAAUCUUAUGCUGAUACUCCUUCACCAGCUUCUACUAAUAGCCUGUCUUAUUGGGCUCUCUCUGCUUCCUCAGGACCAGGGAUUUCCUCUGUCAGGCCUUAUCUAGAUGGUAUUGGUGGGAAUACGAGUCUCACACCCAGCCGCUCAAGCCAGAGUGUUGGUAGAUCAGCACCAGAACCUCCUGUGGCUCUCCGGCUACCAGUCCUGCAGCUCCAGGUCACCUCCCAGACACCUCAAUUACAUCAAACCAGGUUCUCCACCAACAGAGGCAGAUGCGAUUAGUGAGGGACAGUGAUGCAUGGACCUUUCCCUGCUUUUGGAUCAACCUCUCCCCCAUCUCCCCAUACUAUCCUGUAUACAUUGCCAGUGGGACACACUAUAGUUGUAGCUAAUCUUCAUGAUGUCCCCAGAGUAUUAAAAAAAAAAGAUCCCUUAAUCCUUCUUGCUUUCAAGGUACACUGUUAUCUACUCAAAGAUUCCUUUACUUUUUGGGUAUCUGGGAAAAGAGGCAGACCUGAGAUACUUCUAUAUAUGGGUGCUUUGGAAAGAUGGCUAUUUUUCCUUCCACAGGUCACAUGUAAAUAUCAUUAUCUCAUGCAGUUGCAGUUAAAAUGCAGGAUGUAAACAGGCCCCAGUACAAAUGUGAACACAUAUUCACCAACUACACUUCAAAAUUGUUUCAUUUCUUAGUUCAGGGUAGCAUUUCCCAUGGCCAGGAGCAAGCCCUCGGCAUUAGAUUCAAUUCUUCCUCUCUUUACUUUGUCCUGUGCUUACAUAUUAUAUCCAUAUACUUGUAGCCCCUUUUAGGCCUAGUUACUAUUAUACAGACUUUUCCCUUCUCCUGUUUUUUUUUUCCUGUAAAAACAGGAGUGGAAGCACUUAUGUUCCCAAUUUAUUGAUUCAUAAAGACAAAAAUAAUUAGGAAAAUUUUUCCCGUCAUCAAUAUUCUUUGUACCAACCACACAAUUUAAAGCAGAGAAUCCUCAAGGUUCUCCAUUUUCCUAAGCAUGGUUAAGAGCUCUGGGGUUGUAGAGAAGGCAAAGAAACACAUUCCAUUACUGAGCCAACUCAGAGGCUAUUUGCUUUAAAGCUUUGAUGGGAAGGGAGAGGUUAUUCAUGAGUGGAUGAGCUAUCUGGAGGGUACUUCACCACUACUCCACUAUUAUUAAACAUCAAAUAACUCCUACUACAUAAAGAUUGAGUGGCUUAUAGAGAGUUCAUGUGCUAUCCUGGGAGAAGGGGUGUUUUUUUUUUUUUUAGGAAUAACAAUCCAUCCAGGAAGCAUACAGGGCAGAACUGAACCCCCAACUACUAAAUAUUAUCCACACUAUUAUUGCAAGUGUCUAUGUCUGUUCAAGGGACCCCUGCAAAGUCCAUUGGGAAGCAGUACAUUGUUAGUAACAGGGUAGCCACUAGUACCAUGCCAGAAUU